GACACUGUAACCCGAUAACAGAAACUUUAGAACUCGAUAAAAUGCACAAAACAGUGGACAAAUGGAUUUUUUCUUCAUCCGACUCACCCAUUCCUCCCUUUGCUGUCCUCGGAGGACAAGAUCUUGAUGGUUCACCAAUCUAUGUUGGUCGUGCUUUCCACGAAGGUAUUAAUUUACCAGCAAAAGUCGUUCCCAGUAAAAACUGUGCUUAUGUCAGCUGGGGAGGUCGUGAAAUACAAAAGACUGACUAUGAAGUUCUAGUUGGCGAGGAAUACGUAUUUAUUAAACCCGUCAUUAACACAAUCCCCAUAAAUGCAGUUCGAGUUGGCAGCACAGUUGAAGGGGACCCACUCUAUAUUGGACGUGGUAUUUGGGAAGGAAAUGAGACAGUUGGUAAAAUUCAUCCACCCAAUCGGUGCUUAUUUAUUCCCUUUAAUGGAGAAGAAGAAACUUUGGAAACUUUUGAGGUCUUAAUUCGUGAAGAAAAACACGUUUGGGUGCCUGGAACUUUAGAUCAUGUUCCACCAUUUGCAGUUAUUGGUGGCGAGGAACAAAAUCACAUAAUCUAUGUGGGUCGUGCACACCAUGAAGGGGAGACUCUUCCAGCUAAAAUUAUACCUGCUACAGGAAGUGUUUACGUUAGUCGGGGUGGCCAUGAUGUGUACAAAAGUGAAUUCGAAUAUUUGGUAGGAAUGGGUUAUACUUGGGUUUAUGGUAUCGUGGAAGGUUUUGACAUUCCACCGGGAGCUGUAUGGACUGGGCACACUCAGGAUGGUGAAAAAGUUUAUGUGGGACGAGGCCAUUAUCAUGGCUCAUUGACUCCAGGAAAAGUUCAUCCUGGUUAUCCGAAGCUCUUUAUACCAUAUGGUGGAAAGGAAGUCAAAAUGAAGGAUUUUGAAGUGCUUACUAGGAGAUAAAUAAAUACUGUAACUUA